UAUGCAUUACGUAUUAAAUUAUAAAAGGCAAACAAGUGUAAGUUUUUAUGUAAUCUUAUGAUUAAUUUCUAUAUACUUGGUAUUUACAUCAAAUUUUAUUAAAUUAACAAAUUGUGUGCAAUAACAAUUUAUUUAUACGGCUAUCAAUUUAACCGCCAAAACGACCCAAUCGAAUUUUUGUCGAUGCGUCACAUAGUUUCCUCUCUCAGACAAUAUUCUCUACUGCUCCAUCGCCGUCGCAAAUUCUCGGCAACGACGCAGGCGAAACAGUCCAGAAACGAAGACCCAGAACCUCAAUCAGCUCCAGUUACUCUCCUAUACGACAAUCUCCUGAAAAUAUGUCUACAGGAAUGCAAGAACCUUCAGUCCCGCCGGGUGUUCGACGAAAUGCCCCAGAGAGCUGCACGUGCUGUGAAAGCUUGCAAAACCAUCCAUUUGCAGAGCCUGAAGCUUGGGUUUGCUUCACAAGGACAUUUGGGGAAUUCCAUUGUGGAUUUAUACGCCAAAUGUGGGGACAUGGUUUCGGCUGAGAAAGCAUUUUUCUGGCUUGAGAACAAGGAUGGUAUGGCUUGGAAUUCGAUUAUAUUGAUGUAUUCGCGAAAUGGGUUGUUGGAGAAUGUUGUAGAAGCUUUUGGGUCGAUGUGGAAUUCUGGAGUGUGGCCGAAUCAGUUUAGUUAUGCUAUUGUUUUGUCUGCUUGUGCUAGGCUAGUGGAGGUUGAGAUUGGAAAACAAGUGCAUUGUAGUGUGGUGAAAACAGGAUUUGAAUUUGAUUCUUUCUCUGAGGGUUCUCUUAUUGAUAUGUAUGCAAAAUGUGGUUAUUUGAUUGAUGCUCGGAGAAUCUUUGAUGGGGCGGUGGAGCCGGACAAUGUUUCUUGGACAGCAAUGAUUUCUGCUUAUAUUCAAGCAGGUCUACCUCAAAAGGCAAUGGAGGUUUUUGAGGAGAUGCAGGAACGAGGGUGUGUGCCGGAUCAAGUGGCAUCCGUGACCAUCAUAAAUGCAUGUGUGGGACUAGGUAGGCUUGAUGCUGCUUGUCAAUUGUUUACUCAGAUGACCAGUCCAAAUGUUGUGGCGUGGAAUGUGAUGAUUUCUGGUCAUGCCAAGGGAGGGAAAGAGGUGGAAGCUAUACAGUUUUUUCAAGACAUGAUCAAAGCUAGCAUUCGACCCACUCGUUCUACCUUGGGAAGUGUUUUGAGUGCAACUGCAAGCGUUGCAAAUUUAUCCUUUGGCUUGCAGGUCCAUGCUGUGGCAGUUAAACAGGGAUUAGAAUCCAACGUCUACGUUGGGAGUUCUUUGAUUAAUAUGUAUGCCAAAUGUCAAAAGAUGGAAGCUGCUAGUGAAAUAUUUAAUAGCUUGGGAGAGAAAAAUGAGGUGUUGUGGAAUGCAUUGCUUGCAGGUUAUGCACAGAAUGGCAGUGCUUGUAAAGUUGUGGAGUUGUUCAGGAGUAUGAGACUUUCUACUUUUGAAACCGAUGAGUAUACUUACACUAGCAUACUGAGUGCAUGUGCUUGUUUGGAAGAUGUGGAAAUGGGGCGGCAACUGCACUCAAUUAUCAUGAAGAAUAAAUUUGCAUCUAAUUUAUUUGUUGGAAAUGCAUUAAUAGACAUGUAUGCCAAAUGUGGGGCUCUAGGUGAUGCCAGGCGGCAGUUUGACAAAAUGCUAACGAGAGACCAUAUUUCAUGGAAUGCAAUAAUAGUUGGCUAUGUACAGGACGAAGAAGAAGAAGAAGCUUUUAACAUGUUCCACAAAAUGACAUUGGAAAGGAUUAUUCCUGAUGAGGCAUGUUUGGCUAGUGUACUCAGUGCCUGUGCCAAUAUACACGAUCUUAAUAAAGGGAAACAAGUUCAUUCCUUGCUGGUCAAAUAUGGUCUAGAAAGUGGCCUUUUUGCUGGAAGCUCCCUUGUUGACAUGUAUUGCAAGUGUGGUGACAUUACUUCUGCCAGUGAGGUUUUCUUUUGUCUUCCUGAUCGAAGUGUGGUGUCUACUAAUGCUUUAAUUUCUGGCUAUGCUCAGAAAAACAUUAAUUAUGCGGUGCGUUUAUUCCAUAAUAUGCUUGUUGAAGGACUUAGGCCUUCGGAGGUGACAUUUGCUAGCAUUCUAGAUGCAUGUAGUGACCAGGCUUACAUGCUUGGUAGGCAAUUGCACUCUUUCAUUUUAAAGCUUGGAUUUUCAUACGAUGAUGAAUUCUUGGCAAUCUCUUUGAUAGGCAUGUAUUAUGACUCCGGAAAAUUAGAAGAUGCAAGCUUUCUCUUCUCAGAGUUUACCAAGCUAAAUAGCCCAGUUCUGUGGACUGCUAUGAUAUCCGGCAAUAUUCAAAAUGACUGCUGCGAGGAAGCUUUGAUUGGUUAUCAGGAAAUGCGCAAGUUUAAUGUAAUGCCAGAUCAAGCAACUUUUGCUAGUGCCUUAAAAGCGUGUUCGACCUUGGCUUCUAUGCAGGAUGGCAGGAAAAUUCACUGUCUCAUUUUCCAUACUGGUUUUGACAUGGAUGAAUUGACCAGUAGCUCCCUAAUAGAUAUGUAUGCUAAAUGCGGUGAUGUUAAAUGUUCAGUGCAAGUGUUUAGUGAAAUGGUCAGCAAGAAAGACAUUAUCUCAUGGAACUCUAUGAUAGUUGGCUUUGCAAAGAAUGGUUUUGCGGAAGAUGCACUGGAAGUCUUUGAAGAAAUGAAGAAGGCAUCUGUGAAGCCUGAUGAUAUCACAUUCCUUGGGGUUCUGACUGCUUGUAGCCAUGCAGGAAUGGUAUCUGAAGGUCGUCAAUUCUUCAAGGAUAUGACUAGCCUCUAUGAUGUUCGGCCACGUGCCGAUCACUGUGCCUGUAUGGUUGAUCUGCUUGGUCGUUGGGGAAAUCUCAAAGAGGCAGAGGAAUUUAUUGAAAGAUUUGAUUUUGAACUAGAUGCUAUGAUAUGGUCUGCUUACCUUGGUGCUUGCAAAUUACACGGGGAUGAUACAAGGGGACAGAAGGCUGCUGAAAAGCUUAUUGAGUUGGAACCCCAAAAUUCUUCUUCAUACAUACUGCUAUCUAAUAUAUAUGCUGCAUCAGGCAAUUGGGGUGGAGUUAACUUCUUAAGGAAAGAAAUGAAAGAGAGAGGAGUGAGGAAGCCUCCUGGCUGCAGUUGGAUUAUAGUGGGGCAGAAAACAAAUAUGUUUGUCGCAGGGGAUAAAUUUCAUCCUUGUGCGGGUGAUAUUCAUGCACUUUUGAAAGAUUUGACUGCAUUAAUGAAAGAUGAAGGCUAUUUUGCUGAUAUAGGAUCUGUAAUGGAUGGUAGCGUGAACUAAGCAAACCCCAGACUGCCUGGGACAAUACAUCAGUCCGAUAAUGUGAAGAAAUGAACCUCAACCCUAACUCAACCCCAACAACUAACUAAUAAAGUGAGGCUUGCCUAAAAUCAUACAAGGAGAUAAAUAGUCCCGUCCCUCACUGAUAUGGGACUCUUAACAUCCCACGCCCAAGAUGGAAUAUUUGGAGCAUGGACUAUAUAACAUGGAACCCUAACAUUGAUCGAUAAACCAAGAGAUGAAUGGGUUUGGCAUAUCAUGUGAAGAAAUGGACCUUAGGCCUAAUUUUAUUUCAAAUAUUAUGGUAAGGACCAGGUUGCUCAUCAAUUGGUGGAGGUGAUUUUACAUAGUUGGGACCAUUCAUUCCCACAGGUAAUGGUCGAGGUCUUCAAAGAAAUACAAAAUCAUGGAAUAAAGGCAUGCAAGUAGGCAUGAAAUAUCCUCUUUGUUGGAUCUCCUGUGGGAGUAGGCUUGUCAUACUCUGAUACAAGUUCAGACUACACCACUGGCGAUGCAAAAACUGCAAUGGAUAUGCAUAUAUUCAUGAUGGAAUGGGUGAAGAAAUUCCCAGCGUUCAAAUCAAGGGAACUAUAUCACACAGGAGAGAGUUAUGCAGAUGUCAAAGGGUUGGUUAUGCUGGACAAAUGAUUGAUUGGAUCAAGCCAACCAGUAUUAAGGCUUGGCGAUGGAAUGAUCAGUAAGCCUCUCACUUCCCUACUCAAAAAGGGUAUUUUUGAGUGGUCAGAUGCAGCAACUAUUAUUGCCUUUUGAGACCUUGAAGGAUGCCACUCAUGGUGGAGGUAGAUGCUAUGGUACUGGGGCUAUCCGUUUGCAGGAUUAGUGAGCACAAAACACACUAUAAAUUAUAUGAUUCGCUAGUCAAAGAUAGUAUAGUUUAAGACCAUCUCGAUCCAUAGGGAUUGGUUUUAGUAAUAUAUCAUUAUGAUCUUGCUCAUUGUUAUGAUAUCCAGGAAAUUAAACUUGAAUUUGUUGGUAUGGUUAAAACCACGAGUUUAAGCUGGAACGUAAGAUUAAGUACAAUAGACGCAAGUGUUAAAUUUU